AGAAAUAUCCAGAAAGCACUACACUCCUCUACGACAGUAUAAAUACCUACCCAGGUCCUCUUCCUUCCACCAAUGAACUUGAAACUUAAAGCAAAUUGAGAAAAGAGUUGCUACAAAAGUUUACUGAAAAUGUCACUGAUACCAAGAGUGUUCGGCGAUCGACGAAGCAGCGUCUUCGAUCCAUUCUCAAUUGACGUGUUUGAUCCCUUCAGGGAAUUGGGCUUUCCAGGUUCCAAUUCACGGGAAACUUCUGCAUUCGCUAACACACGAGUCGAUUGGAAGGAAACUCCGGAGGCUCAUGUGUUCAAGGCAGAUCUCCCUGGGCUUAAGAAGGAGGAAGUGAAAGUGGAGAUCGAAGACAAUAGGGUUCUUCAAAUCAGCGGAGAGAGGAACGUGGAGAAAGAAGAUAAGAAUGAUACGUGGCACCGUGUGGAACGCAGCAGCGGCAAAUUUAUGAGGAGAUUCAGGCUUCCGGAGAAUGCUAAGAUGGAUCAAGUUAAGGCGGCGAUGGAGAAUGGAGUGCUGACUGUUACUGUUCCGAAAGAAGAGGUGAAGAAGCCAGAUGUCAAAUCCAUUGAUAUCACUGGUUAGAUAGACGCUUUAGCUAGCUGAAAUAUGUAAGUACGCUAUGAUAUGUGAGCAAGUAUAUAUGAAAUCGAAUAGAAAUUGCUCUGUUUUUGUAUCUGAUCUGUAGUCGAGUCUGUUUUUCGCUUAAAGGCGUGUUUGAUGUAAUUUUGUUGAAAUUCUAUGGGGAAAAGGCAAUAGUGUUGUUAUAGAAUUGAAGUGUCGUAUUAUCCUUCAA